AUGAAGGACUUUCUUUCUCGGAGCGCCCAGCCGAUUGUGCUACAGGUCCCAGGUUCAAACUAUGAACUACGGUACUCCCCAAGUCCAAGUCCUCCUCCGGCACCCAUAGAGCAACCUACGGUAAUACAGCCGCCUCCCGCACGACCAAGAAAGAAGGAGACGAAGAGCAAGCGGGCAAACAAGCCAAAGGUGGACAAAGGGAAGAAGAAGGUCGUCACUGAUUUAACUGCGUGUGACUCCGACGGUGUUGAAAUUGUCGCUCAUCCGAGGAACGGAAGCGUCGAUUCACUCGCCACCAACAGCCGAUAUCGGGAUUCAGAACCACCAAAGAAGCGUAGGCGCGUUGAAAAGAAUCCGAACGUAGCUCCUGCGGUUAAUUCGCUGGUCGGUGAAUGGGCGAUGCUACAGACCGUGGGUCCUUCUCCUACCGUUCGACGAGACAAUUGUCCUAAGAACAUGGGUUCGACUAACAUAUUCUGA